AUGAAGCUUGGUGCACAAACAAAUUGUGAGAUAUGAAGCUACAGAGAGUAAAUUAUGAUGCAGAUGAAAAAGAAGACAGGUUAAGCGAUUUACCCGAUUGUAUAGUUCUUGAUAUAUUCUCUUUUUUGAAUGCAAAACAAGUUGUUCAGACUUCAGUUUUGUCCACAAGAUGGCACCAUCUCUGGAAGUAUCUACCCACACUUUCACUAGUUUCUUCACACUUUGACAAUUUUGAUGAUUUUAUCAGAUUUGUCAUUAAUUUUUUCUUUUUUCUAUUUCGCGACGGCGAUUUCUCCAUCUCGCUGCACAAACUCGAUUUUCGCUACAGGGAUGGCCUGACUCCUUUCCGCUUCCGCCACCACGCCGGGGAUGGCGUGAGUCCUGACCUCUUAAAUAGCAUGUUAACUUAUGCUGUUUCACGCAGUGUUAAGGAAUUGAAAAUCUGUAUGAGAUCUGAUAUUCAACUAUUUCCGUCUUGUAUCUCUUCAUGUCACAGUUUAACACAUCUGAACUUUUUUGUUCCCCAAAGAAACCCUAAAAAUCCUAAUGGAAAAGUAUUAUUUCCGAAUUCUCUAAAUUUGCCAUCAUUGAUCCACUUGCAUAUAGGGCGUGUGGCCUUUCAUGGCGGAGUUGAUAUUUUUUCUGGUUUUCCCCGGUUGAAUAGAAUGAUGAUUACUCACUUUGAAAUUUUGGGUGAACAAAACUUAUGCAUAUCAAGUACCAGCCUUGUUGUACUAGCCAUGGAAAUUUUUUUUCCUCAUCAUUGGAAAAUUCAGCUGUCUACUCCAAAUCUUUCUACUUUUAGUUUUAUAGGAACUCCUUCUCAGAUAAUGUGUGCGAGCCGUCUCAGUUCUCUUAAAUACGUCCAGAUUUACCCGGAAAAAAUGAAUUAUGUAAAAGCUCCUUCUCUUCUACUCAGCUUGUUGCAUGAACUUGCUGCUGAUAUUCAAUCGUUGAAGCUCUGUUCCAAUACUCUUCAAGUUCUCUCUUUACUUCCUGAUGUAUCUAAGAUUAAACUCAAUUCCUUGUAUAAGUUGGAGUCAUUGAGGAUAAGAGUGAAAGAAAUUUCCAACACAUUGUUCGAGCCUGCCGGAUCACAAGAAGAAGAAGAAGAAGUUGCCAAGUUAAUAGAAGCAUUCAAAAAAGUAGAAGAGAAUGUAAAGGUUGCUGAAGUUUAUUGGAGACGAAGAAGUUGAUACAGAAAGUAGGUUGCUGAAGUUUAUUGGAGACGAAGAAGUUGAUACAGAAAGUAGGUUGCUGAAGUUUAUUGGAGAUGAAGAAGUUGAUACAGAAAGUAGAUUAGAAGCUCUGUAGUACCGGCACUAUUGAAAAAAUUUUGUAGGUGUCCUGUUUCCGUUGUCAGUGCUUCAUAUUGGAAGUUGUUAACAUAAUUGGUUAAGGGCUGAGGUAAAAAGCCCCAAUUGAUUUAGAGCUGAGGUAAGAAGAAACUUUGGCAUAUAAGAAUUAAGAACAUGAAAUAAAAGUCUAGUUACUGAUGUGGAAAAGUUUGAAAUGGAAAGUACCUUAUCAGUGUUAACAUAAAGUUUGGGACCCAUCAAGUUUAGUGUGAGAAAAGGUGAAACUGGUUAUGUUUGUAUUUGGACCAAGAGGAAGAACUCUGUGUGAGAGAUCAGGAGCCCAUAAUUUGUGUGCUUGAUAGUCAAGAAAGUAUGGCAAUUCUGACAUUGGUGGCUUAUCGGUAUUACAUAUCAAUUUUAGUUCUUCUCAUUAGUUCACCAACAUGAAUUUUAUAUUUUGUGCAACUUUCAUCAUAUACCAUCUUCAUCUUCUUCUUGUGAAAGGUACACAAUUAACUCAUAAUUUUUAUGAUUUGUGUGAUUUUCAUUUAUGGUUCUUUUUGUGGUUUAUUUGUGACUUCAACUUCCAUGGAGAAAUGAACACCCAUGCUUUCUUAUUCGUUACUAUGGUGAAAGCUACAUAAUUUUUUAAGUAAGUAGUAUAUGUUAUAUGAUGUUCUAAAUCUCUAUAAAAUAUGUUGAAAGACAUAUUUAUCUAUGUUAAGUUUAACAUGUUGCAUUAAAUUUAUAUAUGUAUGAUUUAUAAAUUAUUCAAGUAUGUGAAUUUGACUAAUUAAGAAUAUAUCAAUCAACUACCUAACUAAGAAUGAAAAAUGCCUAUGGUCACCCUUAAAUAAUUACCCUUUCAUACAAAAAGUUGAUGUAAUUUUGGUUGAAAAGUUCUCAAAUUUUCAGAAGCAGUGGUCGUCAACAGUCCGUCAAAGCUUACCAAAGAUACUUGAACCUUUCAUGCUUUUGUUGAAGCCCUUGUUUCAAUUUUUCACACUUUUUUAGUACCUUUGUAAAAAGAUACCUUCUCUUGAUAUUUUUAUUGUCCAGGUUACUUACCCUUUAUGUUUUAUUCCCUAAUUCUUUAAGUAAUUAUAUGUUUUAUGUGAUAGAUUCAAUGUUACUUGUUCUUGCUUAAGUUAGAGUUUUAAUGUUACUAGACAAGUGUACUCGAAAAAUGUAGGUUUGAGAAACAUCUCAGAUGCUAAAUACAUUCUAUUAAAUAUCAUAUUCGCGUAUUAGUUUGUGUUUGAUUAUAUUAGUUUGGUGUUCAGGCUACAUGAGAGAUUCUAUUUUACCCAAAUUUGCUCUCUUUGCAUAGACGAUGUUUGGCACUCUAUUUAUAGCAAGAAAUUUAUUUGGAUUUUAGUUAGAUUAAGGCCUUAAUGUAUAAGUGCUUGUGUAAAAUUUGUUUCUAUAAUAAAAGAUAAAAUAAAGUUAAGCAGAUUUCAUAUAAGCAAUAAGUUUUUUCAUAAGCUAUCCUUAAGAGCUAAUAGAAAUAAGUUGAAAACAACUUGUGUACAUGUCAAGCUGUUUUAGUAAGCUCAGUCAAACAAUCUCUGAAGUACUUAUGUUAGUAUAUAAGCUCAAUUAAGUUAACCUAAACAGGUCCUAACUAUGUAAUGAUUCAUUGACGAAUGAAGCAAAACAACCAAAGAUGGCAGCAAAUAUGAUUCUAUAGUUUUAUAUUUCACUUUUUUUCAUUUCUUUGUUUUGUGCAGAAUCCUCCUUCAGUUCUAACUCUGGUGGCUGUAAAAUGGGCUAGCUGGUUGAGGAAUCCUCCUUCAGUUUCAGUGCUAUCUUUAAAAGUUAUCUCUCACUGGUUUGAAAGCUUUCUUUAUGCAAAAUUUGAAAGUAUUUUAGCUCCUAUAAUUUGUUGAAUAAGUUUAAUUUGUAGUGUGGAAUCUAUUUCAUUUCAUUCUUUAGUCUUGCUCUUGACAUGUAUCUAUCAUAUAAGAAAAUUCAAUGUUCUUUAAAAAUCUAAAAUGCCCUUCUUGUUCAAUAUUAAGCCGCGUGUAUAGCUUAAGCAUUCACUACAGCACUCUGUUUUACAAUCCAUUUUGUGUUUGAUUUCAACAACUCCUUCAACGACAGUUUCAAAAACGGUUUCUCUUCUAAAUUAAAAAACGGUUCCUCGUUCAUUAAUCUGCCUGCCCUCUCUUUCUCGAACUCGUCCUUGCUCUCUUUCUCCAUCUCUCUUGCUUACGGCUUCUUCUUCCUUACCCCUUCUUCUUCUUGUACCUCACAUUAAACCUAAAUUUUUGAGAGAUCAAACCCACUGCUCCAACAUCAAAACCACUGCACUUCAACCUAAUACUCCUUUGCCACCCGGUUCGAUUCCACUGUACAUAUUUCGCCACCAACGUUGCUAUUUGCCUUAAGGCUGAAGAUAAUAAACCUGAUUUUAUUACAAGGAUUGUCGAGUUCUUCGAAUCUGAAGACAAAGAUCUAUCUUUUACCGCUUAGUGGUUUUACAUAGUCGUGUUAUUAAGAUUCAUCUAGAGCUUAUUGACAAGAAGAUUGUCUUCAUAUAUGGUGUCAAAGAUGAAAAUCCUUUUGAUUGUAUUGUGAGGUAAGUGAAGAUUGCCCUAAUUACUCCUGAUGUAAGUGUUGUUUUAAAGCAUUUGGUUUCAACCGCUUCGAUUACUUUUAAUUUUCUUCAUUCAAUUUAGUUUUUUCUACGAUUCUAAAUGUUACUCUUUUAGAGUUUUGUUUAUGUAUACUAUUGAAUGUUUGUUCGAAUGAAGGGAACUAAAGUAACGCCGGUGACUACCAUCACAAUGAAAGUUAGAAAAUACUUUCACUAUCCUUUGGAAAAGGAAGAAGCUUGUCGCUUUAAAUCAUCUGUGAUUUCAGAGCCGAUGUCAACGCUAAAGAUCGUUAGAAGAACACCGUAAUUCGAUUCUAAUUUUCUUUAAUUCUAUGUGGCUAUGUUGUUUUAUUGCUUUUGAAACUAAAUUGAAAUUGAAAUUGAGUUGACUCCUUAUGUUAAAAAGGUUGUGUUGGAAUGUUAUGAUGAGGUGAAACCUACAGGUGAUGAGCAAGCCGAUUGUCAGAUGAACAAUUCAAAUACUAAAGAAGAAAUUGACAAAGAAGUAGAGCCAAUGGGAAGGAAUUAAAAUGAUUUUAUUUUCUUAUUUAAAAAGUAAAAUGCGAUUUUUUUUCCUUUCGGAGAAGUGUGUUGUGUCAGAUUUGGAAUUUCUUUCUCUUCUCCAUAAAUAUGGACUACCAUAUGCUAGUUUCAAGAAUUCCUUUCUCUUCUCGAAAAACGUUGACUUACAUAUGUAAUUUAUGAAAAAAAAAAUUAUUCUCCAAAAAAGUGGAUUACGAUAUGUCAUUUUUGGAAUUUCUUUCCCUUCUUCAUAAUUGUGGACUAUCAUAUGCAAGUUACAAAAAUAUUUUUCCCGUCUCCAAAAACGUGGACUAUCAUAUGUAAUUUAUGAAAUUUCUUACUCUUCUUCAAAAACGUGGAAUAUCAUAUGCAAUUUUUGUAAUUCUUUUCUCUCCUAAAAAAAAACUUGGACUAUCAUAUGCAAUUUCAGGAUUUUCUAUCCAAUUUCCAAAAAGUGGAUUAUCAUAUGGAAAAUUUGGAAUUUCUUUCUCUUCUCCAAAAACAUGGACUAUCAUAUGCAAUUUCAAGAAAUCUUGUCCCUUCUUUAAAAACGUAGACUAUCAUAUGCCAUUUUUGGAAUUUCUUUUCCUUCUCCAUAAACGUGGACUAUCUUAUGCAAUUUUCAAGAAUUCCUUUGCC